CGCGGCGGGACCGCCCAGUCAGGCGAGCUGUGCGCGGGCGAGUGUAUUCUGGAGUAGCCUGCCUUUAAGAGUACCACUGUCCUGUCAAGGGCCAAAAUGCUGCCUAUGCCGAAGGUUUUGGAUAUCUUGAGGCAUCCUCACAUCUUUUGUCUACGUGAUCAAGAGGAAAAGCCAGAAACUAUCCAAAUGAGAAACACAAGAACUCUGAAAGCUUCUUGUCAAAAGUUUAGGCAUUUUCAACACUUGUCAGUAACUGGGCCUCACCAAGCUGUAAGCCAAAUCCAGGAGCUUUGCCGGCAAUGGCUACAGCCAGAGACUCACACCAAGGAGCAGAUGAUAGAGCAACUGGUGCUAGAGCAAUUUCUGAGCACCCUACCAGUGGAGGUACAGACCUGGGUGAGGUCAAAACGGCCCAAGAACAGCAAAGAGGCUGGAACCCUAGUGGCAAACUUGAUCCAGGCAUGUAAUGAGGAAGUUUCCCCUGCUCAGGACUCUGUUUGUGCAGAAAAGAGGAACACCAAAGAAAACCAAAAGAACAUAAAGAUUUUAGAUAGUCUGCAACACCAAAAGAUUGCAAAGAUUUUAGACAAUCCACAACACCCAAAGAACACAAAGCUUUUAAAUAGUCUGCCAUCUGCUGUUUCCCAGAUUUAAGAAUUUUGCUUUCUUGGGACCAGCAGUUAG